AUGUCCACGCAUAUAUCACAUAAAUUUACAAGCUGUAAAACUCUUCAAAAACGUAGAGCUAGAGAGAAUGAAACACAAAAUGAACGUGAAACAUGUCUUGCAAGAAACCGUGAAUAUAAGCAGCGAAAAAGAGAGAAAGAGAAUGCUGAAGAAAAUGAGGCGCUUCUUGUACGUGACAGAGAACAAAAACGCGCGAAGUUAGCAAUGGAAACAGAUGAACAACGUGAAAAACGUGUAAAUGAUUUUCAGGAAUGA